UUCGCUCGUUAUUGAAGGCCUCAAAAAUGGAUGACACAGUGCUAACACUCUCAUGGAGACAAGUGGAUAGAUCCGGCAAUGGAUAUAUUCCUUCUUUAGAGCUUCCGUUGCUUGUUGACACGGUCAACAAGUAUCUAAAGACACCGUUGAUCAAUGAGGAGGAGAUGAAGACGUUGAAGAGAUUUAGUCAAAGGGAUACGCAUAAGAGAAUAUACAAGAGUGAAUUCAAGACGUUGUUUAAUUCUCUUGUUGGCUUGACGUUUGCAAAUGCUUUGCAACUGGCACAACUGGAUUCCAAGGCGAUUGAACAGGAUAACGAUGUUGGGGUUGAGAACAAGAGAGUUGACGAUGACCAUAGUAUCCGACCAAGCUUUAAAAAGGAGUGGAGGAAGUAUAAGAGAUUAAGUGAAACACAGGAAGAUGAGAUUAAAUAUCGAGAUGACGUGAUACGCCAGUUAGAAACGAAAUAUUCGAACAAUGAUAAGUUGAUUCACGAGACCAGCACCCUGGUCAAACAGAAUGAGAAGUAUGAAGAAGAGAUCUCUUUUAGGGAUAAGAUUAUCCUAGAAAGGGAUGAAACCAUAAAACAGAGAGAUUUCAAGAUACAAAAAUUGCAAGAACAAGUGAAAUCUUUAAAUGAUGAGAUUUCAUUGCUUAAAGGGAAACAUCCUGAUGAGCUUAUGAGGUUCCAGUGGGGAAAAGAGGAUAAAUUUCACAGAGAGUUGAAAUCACGCAUACAAAAACAGCAAGAUACAAUUGACAAAUUGAAGCAGAUGUUGUAUUCCAAGAAGAAGUUUACAACACCUAAGGAUAUUAAGGAACAAACAAACAAGAAAGGAAAGAAUUAUACCAAGUUCGUGCUUAUCCCAUUUGUAUCGUUAGUUAUAUGCUUAUUCUUGCAAAUACAGUAUAGACGGUGGGUUGAACAGUACUGGUUUGAGAUGGUGGACAAUGCAGACAUCGACUAUGCCUACUACGAAAGCAGAUUAUAGUACAGUUAUUAUAUUAUCACUAGGUUGAAGAAAAGAACAGGAGAAUCAUUUUGUGAAAGUCUUGAAACACAUACAGAAAACUUUGACCAGUAAGCCAA